AUGACCAGGAUUGAAAGGCUCAAGGCCGUCCUGCCCCAUGAGCUGCAGGACGACGGUACCUUGAACAUCACAGCCUUUGAGGGCGCCAUAGUCACGCGUGUCCUACAAGCUGAGAAGCAGCGUGCCUUUCACUUUGAGGUCAUAUUCUAUCCCAAUCACCCACGGCUGCGCAAUGCGCCUUCCAAACCACCCGCGCAUUUCCAUCCAUAUCAAGAAGAGUAUGUGAGCGUGACUGAGGGGGCCCUGACCGUCGAGGUCGAGGGCGUCGAGCACAUUGUAAGGCCUGGCGACCCGGAAUUCGUAUUGCGGCGCGGCGUGAACCAUCGCCUCUAUCCCACCACCACCAGUGAUACUGCCCAAAACCAGACUGAGAGAGUACGUUGCAACUUGUCUGCCGAAGGGACACCAAACGCUUUUGCGCUAGAUUUGGUCUUUUUCGAGAACUGGUACGCGUACCAGGAGCAGAUUGUUGUGCACGGGGCCAGGUUGGACCUAAUUCAAGUCAUGAGUAUGUUUGAUGGCGGAGACUCGUACUUGAGCCUGCCUUGGUGGGUGCCCUUUCGCUCCUUGGUCGCUCGCACACUGGGUAUCGUCGUCGGCAGGUGGUUGGGGGGUUUGCUAGGGUAUCAACCUUUUUACGAGGAGUGGACAACGGAUUGGGAUCUUGCCUGCGCGAAAAUGGAGACGUCCAUGUUUCAAACCCGAUUUUCCGACAAGAGAAAAACUGUCUAG